AUGGAAGGCGCCGCGGCGUUUGGAUCACCCAGUAACGGGGCAUCCCCCAACGGCAACGCCAUUCUUGCACAGCCUCCUCUUGAAGGAGAGAACCCUGCUGGUGCUAGUCAAGCCGACGUGCAAAUGUCGGAAACCGGCACCCAAGAAUCCAUCAUCAAGCAGGACAGCUCCACACCUAACCCUGCUGCCGCGUCCGGUAACCCGCUCGAUACGCCUGCAGCCCCCGCCGCCAACAACGCCCAGCCCGACGAAGAGAUGGGCGACGCGCCAGCAGAGGCCAAAGAGGGUGGAGAGACCGGGGGUGCUGCCGAGACUGAAGGACAAGAGGUUAAGUCCAAGGAGACAAUUGAGUCUGCGGCUCGCGAUCACCUCAUCUCGCAGACCCACGCCAUUGUUCUUCCUAGCUACUCGACGUGGUUUGACAUGAACGCCGUGCACGAGAUUGAGCGCAAGGCCAUGGCCGAGUUCUUCAACAACCGCAACCGAAGCAAAACUGCGGCUGUGUAUAAAGACUAUCGUGAUUUCAUGAUCAACACCUACCGCCUCAACCCCGUCGAAUAUCUUACUGUCACGGCCUGCCGCAGAAACUUGGCAGGUGAUGUUUGCGCCAUUAUGCGCGUACAUGCCUUCCUUGAGCAGUGGGGAUUGAUCAACUACCAGGUCGACGCCGAGCAGCGCCCAUCUCCUGUUGGCCCACCCUUUACCGGCCACUUCAAGAUUAUCUGCGAUACACCUCGCGGUCUGCAGCCCUGGCAACCCUCCGCUGACCCUAUCGUCCUCGAGGGCAAGAAGAAUGCUGAUACUGAAAGCAAGGCCAAUGCUGCCGCACCCACCAAGGGCGACCUUAACCUGGAGAUCGGACGCAACAUCUAUGAAGCUAAUGCCAGGGGAGCCACAGUCAGCAAGACCGAAACUGGCGCCAACGGCGAAUCUGCUGCUACAAACGGGGUGAGCGGCUCGCCCGACCUGACCAAGACACCAAUCGCCAAGAUCAACUGCCACCAGUGCGGUAAUGAUUGCACUCGCGUCUACUAUCACAGCAAUCAGACGGACGCCAGCACAAAGGGCAAGUUUGAUCUCUGCCCUAACUGCUUCACCGAAGGCCGAUUGCCUGCCAACCAUACCGCCAGCAUGUAUACCAAGGUUGAGAACCCUACGUACACUGCAGCGAUCGAUCGUGAUGCGCCCUGGACUGACGCCGAGAUUCUGAGGCUCCUGGAAGGGCUGGAGCGGUUUGACGAUGACUGGGGCGAGAUUGCGGAGCACGUUGGCACCCGAACACGCGAAGAGUGCGUGCUGCAAUUCCUUCAGCUAGAUAUCGAGGAGAAGUAUCUCGACGCGGAAACACAAGUUAAUGCGCCGGCCGGUCUCUCUUUGCUCGGAACCCAAGGUGGCCAGCUGCCUUUCAGCCAAGUCGACAACCCCGUCAUGUCAGUAGUGGGGUUCCUUGCGAGCCUUGCUGACCCUGCCAGUACAGCGGCGGCGGCGAACAAGUCUGCCGAAGCUCUGAAGCGCAACCUCCGCAAGCAGCUGGAUGGUGGGAAAACUGCAACCAAUGGGGGCGGUGCCGAGGCCGGAGAGGACAAGGAGAAGAGCGACUCGAUGGAUUUGGAUGUCGGUAAGGAGGAAUCCAAGCAGUCGAAGAGCGCUGAGCUGGCAUCGAUUCCGCUAGCUUCCAUGGGAGCCCGCGCGGCGGCAUUUGCCUCUCACGAGGAGCGGGAGAUGACGCGCCUGGUCUCGGCAGCGACGAACGUGAUGCUGCAGAAACUGGAGCUGAAGCUAAAGUACUUUGGCGAGCUGGAGGCUGUACUCCGGGAGGAGCGUCGCGAGCUGGAGCGGGGCCGUCAACAACUGUUCUUGGACCGCCUGGCUUUCCGCAAGCGUGUGCGGGAAGUACAGGACGGGCUGAAGGCGGCGGCGGAGGCCGGUAGCGAGCAGGCGGUGCGGCAGGCGCAUGAGGCGAUGCGGGAUGGCGACUCGCUUGGGUUCCAAGUGGUGGCGGGCGGGGCCGGGAUGCAGGCGCCGAGUGCGGUGGGCGCGGUCAAGUCAUUCGAGGCGUAA